GUCUAUUCACAACUACGGAAAGUGAAGCAACAGUGAACCAGUGAACCAAAGUAUGGAGCCUAGCUGCGAGCCAGUGAACUCGACGAAGGAGUCUAAAAGUGAGCUUGCCGAGCUACUCACCAAGUUCCAUGAAACCAUUAUCCAGGCAGGCCUACCAAGGACCUCAACUCCGAAACCAGAAAGGAAGCACGUCCCGCUCUCGAGUACAUCCGAGCUUCGCAAGGAAGACGAGGACUACUACAGGUUCCGAAACAAAGUGCAUUAUACAGGGGUAACCCCGAAACUGAGAGGAACACCUGGACCUCUCAGAGGCGUUCUGUCGGGCCAGAUGGUGAUGUACGACGAACAGGAAGCUGAAUGCAAAUAGUCAAACUUGUGAAUUGUGGUUCCUGCCCAGCCCUCCGCAGGAACCACCAGCAUCUUCCCAUGGUGUUGGAACAUGACUUUCACCAAAGAUUCUGUCUGCGGCCCAUUCUGACCCGAGACAGCUUUUCUGAGUAGUCCAGUAGUAACUCAGGAGUACCAAGAGAGACAUACCAAAACCUCAAUAAAAGGUUUGUUUGUUGUUUGCCUCAUUUUGAUGGAUUGUAUGUGAUGAGAUAGUCACUGUACUGUAUUGAAAUCAAUUUUGAGAUCAACUUUAAGCUUGAUAUAAAUUUAUUUUUACCAAGUACUUGUUAGUUAUGUGUUGU